AUGCGCGACGAGCGCGCUCGGGAAGCGGCCGCGGGCGACGCGGAGCUUCCGCCGGAGGACGACGCGGUCGAGAUGGCGAGCGCCGUCCACGUGCUGGACAGCGUGGCGGAGGAGACGAAGGCGAUGCGCCGGAAGCGAAAGCGCGAGGAUGCCAGGGCGGCGCUCGACGGCCACACUGUCCUGUCCACCGGAUCGCGCCUCGAGAUCUUCUGCGACAAUGAGCGGUGGUACCCUGCGACCGUCAUGGCGCGGGAGGAGGACGGGGACGGACGGAUCGUGAUCCUUUUGGACAGCUUUUGGACCUUUCGCAUCGCCGCCGCCGCAAAGAGCCCCGGGCUCAGCGCGCCUCAGCCUCGCAGCCACUAG